AUGAAGUGUGCGAAUUUCUCAUUUUACGUAUCAGAACUUUCAUCAUUGGUGUCGGGAAAUGAAACUUUCGACGACUUAGCUAUCAUGAUCAGAUCUGCCUUUUGGGGACCAAAAAUUCGACUUCUAGCUAAAUAUCAUAUCAGUAUUAACAUCUUUUAUUCAAAUAUUGGGUAUGCCAAUAAUGUAUCACCAAUAAACCUACCUAUAACACACCUUUCUGAAUCAUCAUUUACGUAUUAA